UAGUUCAUGAUAUCUUGCCAAGCAGAAAACAAAGCUUUCAGCUUUCACCUUACGACAUGGCUUCUGUUGAGAAAUUGCACAUAGUAAUGUUCCCUUGGUUAGCCUUUGGUCACAUAUCUCCCUACUUGAAGCUAGCCAAGCUCAUGGCUGCAAAGGGUCACAAAAUCUCUUUCAUUUCCACUCCCAAAAAUAUCGAUAGCCUCCCAAAAAUCCCUCAGAAUCUAGCUCCUCUGAUAAACCUUGUCAAAAUUCCACUGCCAUUAGUUCCCAACUUACCCGAAAAUGCAGAGUCCACAACUGAGGUUCCAUUCCACAAGGUCAAGUACCUAAAACUCGCGUACGAUCUUCUUCAAGAACCUAUUACUAAUUUCUUGGAAUCCAGCACAGCGGAUUGGAUACUCUGUGAUUAUGUUUCCUACUGGCUGAGGCCUAUUGCUUCGAGACUCCGAAUUCGAUGGUGUCACUACAGUGUCUACACUGCUUCCUUCAUGGGAUUUUUAGGCCCUCCAUCUAAUAUGAUCAAGGGGGAUGAUUACCGUGUGAGGCCAGAAGAUUUCAUGGUUAAACCUGAGUGGGUUCACUUCGACACAAAUGUUGCAAUGUCUCUGUAUCAGAUUCUGGCCCUGGCUCCUGAGUUAGAAGCUGAUGAGGAUACGAAAAAUGUGAGUGAGGCCUAUCGUGCUGGGAGGAGUCUUGAGUAUUGUGAUAUGGUGGCAAUAAGAAGCAGCGUCGAAUUUGAAGGGGAUUGGUUGAAAUUACUACAGGACAUGUACGAGAAACCCGUGAUUCCAGUGGGCUUGUUGCCUCAUGUUGAAGAGAGUACAGAGGCUGAUAAUCAAGAUUGGAUUGAGAUAAAAGAUUGGCUCGACAAACAAGCAAAGGGAAGUGUACUACUUGUAGCUUUCGGGUCCGAGGCGAAACUGACUCAAGCCCAGACCACAGAAUUAGCCCUUGGUUUGGAGCUGACCGGGGUACCCUUCUUUUGGGCUAUGAAAAAACAGAGAGGCUUGUCUGAUACAGAGGCAGUUGAGUUGCCAGAAGGGUUUCAAGACCGAACACGAGGGCGUGGGAUGAUUUACACCGCUUGGGUGCCUCAGAUUAAGAUACUAAAUCACGAGUCAGUCAGUGCCUUGUUGAAUUCAUCAGGUUACAGCUCGGUGGUAGAGGCAAUGCAGUUUGGAAAGGCGCUUAUUUUGUUGCCAUGUGUGUAUGAUCAAGGAAUAAUUGCUAAGCACCUGGAGGAGAAGAAGCUGGGGUUUCAAAUUCCGCGAAAUGAGUCAGACGGUGGGUUUACUAGGGAAUCAGUGGCGGAGUCAGUUAACUUGGUCAUGCUUGAUGAAGAAGGCAAGAUCUAUCGAGACAAAGUGAAGGACAUGCAAGCUAUCCUGUGUGACAUGGAUAAGCAAAACGGUUACGUCGAUAACCUACUGAAUCAUCUGCAGAACCACAAAUUUAUGUAAAAUUAAGUCACUCUGUGCAAUGUUUUCCUGGGCUCAAGCCAGGGAUCACUGUAUUUCAUUGCUUGUCUUUAAAUUCGGUUCACUUGUUUCUUCGUAUGUACUCCGUCGGUCCAGUGAGUUGUAUACAUUUGGCCAUUUGGGACUGAGGGCUUGGCAUGCAUUAAUAUCAUAUCUUCGUGUUAUUGCAA